AUGGUGAUAUCACAACAAUUAAUAUGGGAAAAUGAUCAUCAUGAGGAUAAUAAACAUUCAAUUCGACAUAAUAAUAUACUUAGUACACCAACAUCAUCUGGUAGGACAAGAUAUCUAAAUAAUCAUUUAUCACCAAAAUCGACUUCACCGUCAUCUUCACCGUCACUGACAACAGAACCCGUCAAUGUCAAAAAUGUUAAAAUCGAACAUUUGAGCGAUGAUGAAGAACAGCAACAGCCAACACGCCCAGAAACUCCCAUUAGUUAUAAUACAUCGAAAGCUCCUGAAAAACAAGAUAAUGAAGAGAUUUUAAAUUUAGCAAAUAAAGACAUAUCAAAAAAUCAGGAAAAAAAUUCAUCACAAUUAAUCAACAAUAACAAUAAUAAUAAUGAAGAAGAAGAGAAAAUUGAAGUAUCUGGCAAAAUAUUGAAAUUACGACAAGAUCUUGAAGAAUCACCAACAAAAAAUCAUUUACCACACACAAAAUGUAAAUCUCCGAUAAUUCCAACAAAAACUAUUCCAAAUCUUGGAAAUAUACCACAUACAAACGCUAAUCAUCCUUCUCAUCAUCCUUCAAUUUCACCAUUUGGACCAUUCUUUUUACAUCAAAAUCAAAUAAAUUUAAAUACAUUAAGUCCACAUGAUUUACAACAUGCAUUUCAAAUGCAACUUCAAAAUUAUAUUGAAAUGAUGCAUCAAGUAACACCGCACGAUAAAUCAUCAAUUCCAAUAGAUGGUAAUCCAAUAGAAUCACAACAAGAUGCAACAACAAUGGCUGCAACACAAAUACUUUUACAAAAUUCAUUACAUGCUAUGGCACAAUUACAUGCUUUACAACAGCAAAAACAACAAAAUCAUCAACAACAACAUCAUGAUCACAUAAAACCGAAUUCUUCAACACCUACUAUAAUCGGAUCACCUUUGAGAAGUCCUUCUCUAUCACCUAUCACAUAUUAUAAUAGUCAAAUUCAAAAUAAAACACCACCAAAUACAAUAUCUGGUACAAGUAUUGGAAUUGGUGGUGUUUUAACACCAUGUACUCCCAAUAAUCCAUCAUAUUCAAAUCAAAUUAAUUUGUCAUCAACACCAAGAGCUAUUUUAGAUCAUCAUCAACAUUCUCCUGAAGAAUCAACAGAUCUUGAAGAAUUAGAACAAUUUGCAAAAACUUUUAAACAACGUCGUAUCAAAUUAGGUUUUACACAAGGUGAUGUUGGAUUGGCGAUGGGAAAAUUAUAUGGAAAUGAUUUCUCACAAACUACCAUAUCAAGAUUUGAAGCUUUAAAUUUAAGUUUUAAAAAUAUGUGCAAAUUAAAACCGUUAUUACAGAAAUGGUUGGAAGAUGCUGAUACAACAAUGCCCAAAACUGGAGGAAUAUUUGGAACAAGUCCUUUAAAUAAUCCAUUUGCAGCAAGUGAAGCUAUUGGAAGACGACGUAAAAAACGUACAUCAAUUGAAACAACCGUCAGGGGUGCAUUAGAAAAAGCAUUUAUGUUUAACCAAAAGCCAACUAGUGAAGAAAUAACUAAUUUAGCUGAUAAUUUAUGUAUGGAAAAAGAAGUUGUACGUGUUUGGUUUUGUAAUCGUAGACAAAAAGAGAAACGUAUUAAUCCACAAGCUAAUGGUUUGGAUAGUCCACCACCACCACCAAUACCGCCACCACCAUUAUCAUCAUUAUCAGCAUUAUCAUCUCUUAAUCAUAAUACAGCAAAUUUAUUUGGAUUACCAUCAAAUAUAUGUCAUAAUGGUAAUAUAGAAAAUAAUCAUCAUCAAUUACCAUUUAUAACUUCAUCUUCAAGUAAUUCACCUUUUAAUAAUUUAUCACAA